AUGUUAUUGGUCAACCCCCCACAGUCCAUGAAAGUCGGUUGGCUUGACUCCCAUCGAAUUGUUUUAUAUCCAGUUCUCUCUUGUUUCAUCCCACUCAGGAACAUGUUCACAUGGUAGUUUUGUAGAGGCCGCCAGGUGCGUCUCACAGACAGAAAACAUGAGUCGCUUUCUGAACGUCCUGCGCAGCUGGUUGGUGAUGGUGUCCGUCAUCGCGAUUGGAAACACCGUGCAGAGUUUCAAAGACCACAGUUUUUUGUCAGAGAAGCUCUACACAGGCACACCAGAGUUUGUGAAUGGUCUCCAAGCACGAACAUUUGGCAUUUGGACGUUGCUGUCGUCUAUCAUUCGCUGUUCUUGUGCCAUUGAUAUCCAGAACAGAACGCUGUAUCACAUCACCCUAUGGACAUUUGUGCUGGCGUUGGGUCACUUCUUGUCUGAAGCCUUCAUCUACAAAACUGCUCCUCUGACUAUCGGAGUCAUGGCACCUCUCAUUGUGGCAACUUUCUCCAUCAUAGGAAUGCUGAUUGGAUUCCAGUGUAUCCCAGAGCCACAAGAGGAAGUCGGAGCACGACAGAAGAAACGUAACUGAAUCCUGGCUGUUUGAGUUUCCUCCCACCUCCACAAUGACCACCAGACACUAGUGGACUGGUCCUAGUGUGCUGCUUCUGGUUGUACAUUACUUUCCUACUUUUAACACUUUCUAUAGACCAUAUACAACUACGUGGGCUGUAUUUAAUGUUUAUUAAAUUUACAGUUCACAGUGCAAUCAAAAAUGGUUUGACGUGAUGAAGAACUCAGAUGACUAUACUGUAUAAAACUAUGCUCUGCUCUUCAUUGCAAAGUCUCAUAAACACAAAUAUCAUCAAUUAUUUUCGAUGUUUGUUCUGUGCUAUGUAAUGUUUCUACACCCAGUUAUUGUCAUAUAGAACUUUUAGAUAAUGAAAUGAUUAGAUUUUGGAUAUGUAUUUAUAAACCACAUGUGAAAAA